AUGUUGUCUGCAAAUGACCCGGUUGAAUCGUUUUUCAAUUCGAUUCAACUUGUUAAGGAAGCGCUUUCGCCGCUGGAAUUGAGUUUUCGAAAAGCGGCCGAGGACUUUGAGUGUUGCUGGGCAGGGCCUAAGAAUAAAGUAAAUGCUGUUGAUUUGGUUUAUCAAUUUGAUGGUGUUGAUAAGAAUGGUAAAGCUCAGAUCUUUGGGGGGAAGAAGAAAGCUGGUCAUUGUGUCACAGUUGGCGGCGAUGAGAGGACGAAAGGGUUGUCUGCUAAGGUUCCUAUAAAGGCGUUGUUUGGGAAGUUUUCCCAGAAUUCUGGAAAUGAAAAUCGACCUGAGGUGUCAAAGAGUGGGUUGACAGAGAAGGAGCGUGCUAAGGAGGAUGGGUCUUGUGUGAAUUGUUUGCAGUUUGCUGUAAAUUGGUCUGUGUUAGCUAACAGUUUUGUUCAGGCAUUUCCGGGUCCGUUCAAAUUGGGUAAGAAGCGGCUCCAGAAAACGAGUGAUGAGGACAAAGCGUGUUCUUGCAAAAAGCCGAAGGUUUCUGGUGACUUGAAGCAGAGGGAGUCUAAGGGCCAGCAUGCUAGAACAAUUCAGAAUGAAGUUGUGUCACAUAACAAAGGAAAACAUGUAUCACUAGAAUGCCUCAUAGGUUUUGUUUUUGAUCAACUAACUCAGAAUCUUCAGAAGUUUGAUCAUGGUGUUCAAGAAAGUGGUCGAGAAACUUGUGAAACUUCCCCAGAGCCGACUUCUUCUUCCCAAACUGAUCAUUUCAAGGUGAUUACAGGUUUGCUGGAAGGUCGAAAGGCAGAUGUAAAUGGAUUUCUGGGAAACUUGAAGUUUGCGAGAGUGGGAGGAGUGCCAUCGGGCGUUGUUGGGGUAACCUCUUCAGUUAACGAAGAGGGUGAUGAGGAUGUUACUGCAAGAAACAGGGCAGAAUCAGCAGGCAGUUCACCACAGAAGCUUGCUAGUGAUAUUCUUAGUAUUCCUCUAUCAAAUGUAGAGCGUUUGAGAUCCACAUUAUCCACUGUUUCGUUGACUGAAUUAAUUGAGCUUGUACCUCAUUUGGGGAGACCUUCUAAAGAGUAUCCUGACAAGAAGAAACUAUUCUCUGUCCAAGAUUUCUUUAGGUACACAGAGUCUGAAGGAAGGAGAUUCUUUGAAGAACUAGAUAGGGACAGAGAUGGCCAAGUAACUCUGGAAGAUCUCGAAAUUGCAAUAAGAAAGCGAAAGUUGCCACGGAGAUAUGCUCACGAGUUUAUGCGCCGUACUAGACGUCACAUAUUUUCAAAAUCAUUUGGCUGGAAACAGUUUUUAUCUUUGAUGGAACAGAAGGAACCAACCAUUCUACGUGCAUAUACGUCUCUAUGCCUCAGCAAGUCUGGAACACUGCAAAAAAGUGAAGUAUUGGCAUCACUUAAAAAUGCAGGACUUCCAGCUAAUGAAGACAAUGCUGUUGCUAUGAUGCGAUUUCUCAAUGCCGACACAGAAGGAUCUAUUUCUUAUGGCCAUUUUCGGAAUUUUAUGCUGUUGCUCCCUUCUGAUCGACUUCAAGAUGAUCCUCGGAGUAUCUGGUUUGAAGCUGCCACUGUUGUUGCUGUUGCACCACCUGUGGAAAUACCUGCUGGAAGUGUACUAAGAUCUGCAUUAGCAGGGGGCCUUGCUUGUGCACUUUCUACUUCUUUAUUGCACCCAGUUGAUACAAUUAAGACUCGUGUACAAGCAUCAACAUUAACAUUCCCCGAAAUUAUUUCAAAGCUUCCACAGAUUGGAGUGCGGGGGUUAUACAGGGGCUCAAUUCCUGCCAUUCUUGGACAGUUUUCAAGUCAUGGCCUGCGAACUGGGAUAUUUGAGGCAAGUAAACUUGUGUUAAUAAACUUUGCUCCAACGCUCCCUGAUAUACAGGUUCAAUCUCUAGCAUCAUUCUGUAGCACAUUUUUGGGAACAGCAGUGCGAAUUCCUUGUGAGGUGUUAAAGCAGCGGUUGCAGGCUGGCCUUUUUGUCAAUGUCGGGGAGGCUAUUGUGGGGACUUGGAACCAAGAUGGUCUUAAGGGUUUCUUUCGUGGGACUGGUGCCACUCUUUGCCGGGAGGUUCCAUUUUAUGUCGCUGGCAUGGGGCUAUAUGCUGAAUCCAAAAAGGCUGCCCAGAAAUUUUUAGGCCGGGAUCUGGAAGCUUGGGAAACAAUUGCAGUUGGGGCUUUAUCCGGCGGGCUAGCAGCUGUUGUCACCACGCCCUUUGAUGUGAUGAAAACAAGAAUGAUGACUGCUCCACAGGGUAGACCUAUAUCAAUGUCAAUGGUAGCCUUCUCUAUACUCCGGCACGAGGGACCUCUUGGCUUAUUUAAAGGAGCGGUACCCAGGUUUUUUUGGAUCGCUCCCUUGGGUGCCAUGAACUUUGCAGGCUACGAGCUUGCGAGGAAGGCCAUGGACAAAAAUGAUGAGCUAAACAGUGACCAGGUCCAUCAAAAGAAGGUGGCCAGUACUGGAUAG